AUCGUUCUUGUUUUGCCAACGAAAAUGGAAAACCCAAACAGCCUGAAAGAGAGACUCAUUUUCAAGCACCAGAGUCCAGACAUCACGCAUUACCAUACAAAAAAAUAAUUCGAUGCAGUGUAAACAAACUCACGACACGUGUCCAUCACCUUCUUCCCCUCUCUCUGCCUUAGUUUUAAUGCUUCAUCCACUCAAAUCCGCUGGUUACUGAGUCGACUUGGACUGGUUAAUCGGCGAGUUACUGUUUUCAAAGUGGAGAGAAGAUAAAGAAAAAAGAGGCGUUAACACUGGCGGAAUGAGAGGGACGUUAUUGGCUAACCGUCGCGGGGUGCAGAGAUUCCGGCAACUCGCGAUCACAGCCGUUAAAUCGUCGAAGAUCAAGCUCCUUCUCCUCUGUUGCAUCGCGUUUACGGUACUCGUGGUCGGUACCCGCGCGUCCGAUUUUAUGGGAGGGACUAAUUACAGCGAUUCUGUUGAUCAGUUUCCUCUUCCAGAGAAAGGAUAUGCUAUCGUAAUGAACACAUGGAAAAGAUAUGAUCUGUUGAAGCAAUCCAUUUCUCAUUAUUCAUCAUGUACAGGGCUCAAAUCUAUACAUAUUGUGUGGAGUGAGCCCAAUCCUCCUUCAGAUUCUCUUUCCAAAUUUCUAAACCAUGUGGUAGAAUCGAAAACUAAAGGGCUGAAGAAAAUCAAAUUGAGUUUUGAUAUCAACAAGGAAGACAGUUUGAACAAUAGAUUCAAAGAAAUAUCUGGAUUGAAGACAGAUGCUGUUUUUUCGAUCGAUGAUGAUGUUAUAUUUCCUUGUUCCUCAGUGGAGUUUGCUUUCAAGGUUUGGCAAAGUGCCCCAGAUGCAAUGGUGGGGUUUGUUCCUCGUGCCCAUUGGGUUGAUAAAUCGCAAGGAAAAAAGGAUUACUAUACAUACGGUGGAUGGUGGUCUGUGUGGUGGACAGGCACUUACAGUAUGGUACUCUCAAAAGCAGCUUUUUUCAACAAGAAGUAUCUUAGGCUGUACACAAAUGAGAUGCCACCAUCAAUCAAAGAAUUUGUGACCAAGAAUAGAAAUUGUGAAGAUAUUGCAAUGUCUUUUCUUGUUGCAAAUGCAACUGGUGCCCCCCCUAUAUGGGUGAAAGGGUGCCAGUGAGCAGUCUGUGGAGAUUCUGUGCUGUUGUGUACCAACUCUAAUAGGGCCUGCAUCUUAUUAUACUGUAUCGUGCUACAGUGAGCUUCUGUGAAUUUGAUAACACACAACGUUGUAAUGUAUCUUGGUUUGCAAACAUGUAGUUCCAUUUCAGGGUUUACUGUUCUAAAGGGUCCAAUCAAGGAGAAUGAUGCAAACUGUGCAUGACACUUCCAGGUUUUAAUAACAUGACUUGGACAUUAGUUGGUUUCUCUCUUGAGCCUUAGACCCAAGGUUGACUGAUGAAAGUACCUAGCUUUUAAAAUAUCAUGUCUUCUGGUAUAACAUGGUUUUUGUAACUUGUUCCGUGUAUAAGGUGUGCCUGCUGUGCUCGCUAUUCAUCAUACCUCUGAUGAAAUUUCAAUUCCAAAUUGUAAAUUUUGUACAAAAAUACUGAAAUUUGUUGUGGUCGGGCAUGGUUGAGAAAUGGAGCUUUAGGUCUGGUAUACAGGAGUUGUAUCAUUUUUACAUGUCCACAGGAAACUUUAGGAACUUUGUUUCUCUAUGGGUGGGAUGUAAGAAAUAGGAGAAGCAUGAUACUGGGGCAACUUUAUUUCCACUCUGUGAACACCACUGUUUACUUCCCAAACCCCAAAUAAGCCCUACUGCUCCGUUUUGGUAACUAUCAUUUAUCAAUAAGCAGCACAUCUUGGUGAAUGCUAGAACUGUGCGCCAGUUAUGAUCUGGAUUUCUGUUCAAGACACAUUCUGUCAAAUUGUGUAAAAUUUACCUUUUCAAUAUUUCUUAACCUUUUCUAUUAUUGGAAUCAGCAACAAGGGAGAAGAAAUUCCCCCCACCUGUUGCAUCCUUAAAAAUGCUUCUGCUUUAAAUAUUGCUUUGAAGAUUUUAAACGAUAAUUUUUUGUUAUUUCUCAUUUGUUUGUGACUUGGAAAUAUUUCUAUUUCUUCUUGGCUAUUGAAAUUUUAGGUACGAUACAUGAGAUUGGUUCGACUGGAAUUAGUAGCUUGGGAGGGCAUAGCGAAAAAAGAACGGGAUGCCUCAAUAGAUUUGUUGCUGAGUUUGGGCGAAUGCCCCUGUUACCCACUACUGUAAAGGCUGUUGACAGCCGCAUUGCCUGGUUUUGGUGAUACUUGAGUUUCCACCAUAUUGAAUUGCAAUAUUUCCACUUUUUUUGGCAA